CUUAUACCUCAAAGCAAUUUUGAGGCAAGAUAUCAUCUUCUUUGACAAGGAAACCAACAGUGGCGAGGUUGUUGGAAGGAUGUCAGGGGACACAGUUCUUAUUCAAGAAGCCAUGGGAGAGAAGGUAGGAAAAUUCAUCCAAUAUGUGGCAUGUUUUUUUGGAGAUGGCAUCCCGAGGACAAGCAGCUUAUUCCGAAGCAGCAACUCUAGUGGAGCGGACAAUUGGUUCAAUUCGAACUGUAGCAUCAUUUACCGGAGAGAAGCAAGCUAUAGCUCAAUACAAUCAAUACUUAACAAAAGCUUACAGAGUGGGAGUGCAAGAGGGUUUGGCUGGUGGGUUUGGCUUUGGUUUUGUUCGUUUAUUUGUUUACUGUACCUAUGGUUUGACAAUUUGGUUUGGAGGGAAGAUGGUUAUAGAGAAAGGUUAUACGGGAGGACAAGUCAUUAGUGUAUUUUUUGCAGUUUUGACGGGCUCUAUGUCUCUGGGACAGGCAUCUCCAAGCUUAGCUGCAUUUGCUGCAGGACAAGCAGCAGCAUUUAAAAUGUUUGAAACAAUAAAGAGGCAACCAGAUAUUGAUGCUUAUGACUCUUCUGGUCAACAACUAGAUGACAUUUCAGGAGAUAUAGAACUUAGGGAGGUUUGUUUUAGUUAUCCUUCAAGACCGGAUGAGCAGAUUUUCAAUAGAUUUUCAAUUUCAAUAUCAAGUGGCACUACUGCAGCAUUGGUAGGGCAAAGUGGAAGUGGGAAAUCAACAGUUAUCAGUUUAAUUGAAAGAUUUUAUGAUCCAAACGCUGGUGAAGUUCUCAUUGAUGGCAUCAACCUCAGAGGAUUUCAAUUGAAGUGGAUCAGACAGAAAAUUGGCCUUGUCAGCCAGGAGCCAGUUCUUUUUACUUGCAGCAUUAAAGAGAAUAUUGCCUAUGGAAAGGAACGGGCAACAGAUGAAGAAAUAAGAGCAGCAGCUGCACUUGCAAAUGCUUCUAAUUUCAUAGAUAAAUUUCCCCAUGGAUUUGACACAAUGGUUGGAGAGCAUGGAACUCAACUCUCUGGAGGUCAAAAGCAAAGAAUAUCUAUAGCGAGAGCAAUUCUGAAGGACCCAAGAAUUCUGCUCCUUGAUGAAGCUACAAGUGCUCUAGAUGUGGAAUCAGAAAGAGUAGUGCAAGAGACACUAGACAGAAUUAUGAUCAACCGAACAACUGUCAUUGUAGCUCACCGCCUUAGCACAAUAAGGAAUGCUGAUGUCAUUGCCGUUAUUCAUCAAGGAAAUGUCGUAGAAAAAGGUACACAUGCUGACCUCACUCAAGAUCCUGAUGGAGCUUUUAGCCAGCUCGUUAGAUUGCAAGAAAUUAAAAGGGAGUCAGAACAGCAUGAUGCAAAUUACUUAAGCAGGCCAGAAAACUUGGUAGAUUCUAAACGACAACCGAGCCAACGGUAUUCUUUCCCUCAAUCUUUAAGCCGGGGAUCAUCUGGAAGAGGAAGCAGCAGUCAGAACUCAUUCAGAAUAUCAAAUGCCAUGCCCACCACGCAUGAUCACUUUGAAACCUCAGAAGGAGGGUCUGGAGAUUUUCCUUCAGCAGCAUCAGAUAAACCUAAGGAAAUUUCAAUUCUCCGCAUUGCUUAUCUUAACAAGCCUGAAAUCCCAUUGUUACUCGUGGGGACUCUAGCAGCAGCAGUAACAGGGGCAAUACUACCCACCGUGGGGCUCCUUCUUUCCCACAUGAUAAAUACUUUCUUUGAGCCCGCAGAUGAACUCCGGAAAGACUCCAAAUUUUGGGCACUAAUAUUUGUUGCUCUUAGUGUGGGUGCCUUCAUAUUUCUUCCAUUAAGGUCCUACUUUUUUUCUGUAGCUGGUUGUAAGUUAAUAAAAAGGAUCCGGCUAAUGUGUUUUGAGAAAAUAAUUCACAUGGAAAUAAGCUGGUUCGAUAAAGCCGAAAAUUCAAGUGGAGCACUUGGAGCAAGGCUGUCCACUGAUGCAGCUUCUAUUCGAACUUUGGUUGGGGAUGCUCUUGGUUUGCUGGUUCAAGAUAUUGCUACAGUAGUUACAGCCUUGGCAAUUGCCUUUGACGCAAACUGGCAGCUUUCUCUCAUAGUUCUUGUUUUGGUACCUCUAAUAGUUCUAAAUGGACAUCUGCAAAUGAAGUCCAUGCAAGGAUUCAGCGCAGAUGCAAAGAAACUAUAUGAGGAAGCAAGCCAAGUAGCGAAUGAUGCAGUAGGGAAUAUCAGAACAGUUGCUGCUUUCUGUGCUGAAGAGAAGGUAAUGAAGUUAUACCAUAAAAAAUGUGCAGGACCCAUCCAGACAGGUAUAAGGCAAGGUUUAAUCAGCGGAACGGGUUUUGGGUUAUCACUGUUCUUUCUGUUCUCGGUUUAUGCAUGCAGUUUUUAUGCUGGGGCUAAACUUGUAGAGAAGGGAAAAACAUCAAUCUCAGACGUUUUCCGUGUAUUUUUUUCUCUCUCGAUGGCAGCUAUAGCAAUGUCACAAUCUGGCUUCAUGACCCCAGCUGCAAGUAAAACAGAAAGUUCUGCAGCUUCUGUAUUUGCUAUCCUUGAUCAGAAAUCAAUAAUAGAUACCAGUGACGAGUUAGGAAUGACAUUGGAACAAGUGAAGGGAGAUAUCGAGUUUCACCAUGUCACUUUCAAGUAUCCAACCAGACCCCAUGUUCCUGUAUUCAAAGAUCUUUCCUUGACCAUUCACGCAGGAGAGACAAUUGCUCUAGUUGGUGAAAGUGGAAGUGGAAAGUCAACUGUGAUCUCAUUGUUACAAAGAUUUUACGACCCAGAUUCAGGUCAGAUUACACUGGAUGGAACAGAAAUCCAAAAGCUAAAACUUAAAUGGUUUAGGCAGCAGAUGGGUCUGGUAAGCCAGGAGCCUGUGUUGUUUAAUGACACCAUUCGAGCCAAUAUUGCAUAUGGAAAAGGUGGUGAUGCAACAGAGGCUGAAAUUAUAGCUGCAGCAGAACUGGCAAAUGCACACAAGUUCAUUAGCAGUUUGCAGCAGGGUUAUGAUACAUUAGUGGGGGAGAGAGGGAUUCAACUUUCUGGAGGGCAGAAGCAGCGGGUGGCAAUUGCAAGAGCCAUCGUGAAGAGUCCAAAAAUAUUACUGCUAGAUGAAGCCACCAGUGCACUUGAUGCUGAGUCUGAAAGAGUGGUUCAGGAUGCACUUGAUCGAGUGAGGGUGGACAGAACCACAAUUGUGGUUGCUCACAGGUUAUCCACCAUAAAGGAUGCAGAUUUAAUUGCAGUGGUUAAAAAUGGAGUCAUUGCAGAGAAAGGAAAGCACGACACCUUGCUUAACAAAGGUGGUGCAUAUGAUUCGUUGGUAGCACUGCAUAUUAGUGCUGCUUCAUCAUAGACACUUUUAGUUCAUUGCCCCAAGUUACUGAUGCCUUCUUAAUCUUUUCUUCAAGGCUUUAUUCCUUUGUAAUGAAACAUUCCAAGCACUGAUUACCCACUUUUAGUGGAUUUCACGGUUACA